UAGUUUUGUACCUACUGACUCAUUGCUUUAUGUCUGUUUGAAUGCAGGUGUCUCCUCUGCUACCUUGUUGCACUCGAAGUCCCUGCGCGGCCACAGAGACUGCUUUGAGAAAUGUCACCUCAUCGCCAACCAGAAGCUGUCACGUUCCAAGGUCUCCAAAAGUGCUUACGAGGGCAUGAAGCUGGCCUUCAGCCAGAAACUGAACCGCAUCAUCCAGUAUGCCCAGAACAAAGACUCUGUCUCCUCUAACGGGCCGGGCAGACGAGGGUCCAAGCUCCUCUGUUACAGCCAGCAGAGCGACCGCAAGCUGUUGCCCCAGUCGGACGCCCAGGUGCCGCGCUACACGCCCUGCUGGGACACAGGCAGGGCUACAGACAGGCCGGACUACACCAUGGGGGUGUUGGAGCGCCACACAGUGGAGAAGCUGGGGCUGCUGCAGGAGGCUCACUCUGACGUCUGGUCCAGUGACGGCAGGAAAGGUCUACACAGCCGGAACCUAUUAUCAGGAGGAGGACAGGCACAGCGCAGGCACCAGGGCCACAGCACAGAUGAAU